AUGGACUUCCCAUACUACCUCUAUCCAGUCCAUGGCACCCAGACCUUUCUCCAGGCGACGAGCUUGGCUGCGUCGCUGUACUUGUCGCUGCUUUGCCUGCUGAGUCGCGACUAUGCCAAAGCCUUCGCCGAGCUGGACUGGGCCCCGGAGAGAGACAAUUGCUGGACUGAUGUGCCGCUCCUGGCGGAGGAGAAGUGGGUCUUCAAUCAGUUCGCGAACAGCCUGGAGGAUCAACAUCCGGACGCUCAUGCUGUGCGUUGCAAGUUGGCUUUGAGCGUGGCCUUCGUAGAAGAUGUGAGCAUGCCCAUGGAGCUGCAUUUGGAACUAGUGACUUGGAUGACCAGAGGCUAUGCUGUGGGGUUUGCAUCACGGUGCGAUGCAAGACAACGAAUCAAGGCCUUUAAGCUUAAAUCUGUUGGAUGUUCAGCACCACAUGGCGGAAUUUACCAAAAAGGGAUACGUGACAUGCACCAAGCAGCACUUGACAUCACAGGCCUCCUCUCGAGUCACCUAGGGACCUAUGUGCCGCCACCGUACUGCCUUGCUGAUCUUGCAACAAUGGAGGAUUUGCUUGGUUUCCGAGAUUCUUUUUGA